UACAUGUAAACAAAAUAAUCAAAGCAUUUCUUCUUUUAAUUGAUUGAGUGAAGUCUGUCAAAUAAUUUUUCCACAAAGGAAUUAAAUAAGGAGGAUAUUACAAAAUUGACUCCUGCACGUGGACCCAAAAAGGAGACUUCUUCGGUGUUUACCGACUUCGAUCUUCAAGAAAUGUUCUCAGUUUAAGGCAAUUAUUGCAUACUGAAGUUCAUUGCAACCCUCUUCCAAAAGAAAAAAAUCGUUCCAGCCACCUUUGGCCGGUUAGCAUGGCGGAAGCUGCAGUUUCCUUUGUUGGAGAAAGACUAGCUGACAUACUGGAAGAAAUUGAUUUUCACACGGAUGUUAGAAAACAUGUGGAGCGUCUACAAGAGGAAUUGGUUCGGAUGAGAUGUUUCUUAAAGGAUGCAGAAGCAAAGCAAGAUGACGACGAGAGAGUGCGCAACUGGGUGUCCGAUAUCAGAAAUGUUGCCUAUGACGCUGAGGAUCUCAUCGACAAGUUCCUCCUCAGAAUGGAGUCCCUCAAGAAAAACAACUUCUUCAAAAGGUCUGCUUCCGUUUUCAAAGAAUGGAAAUAUCGCUCCAACAUCGCUAAUGAGCUUCUUCAAAUCCGAGGAAGAAUCGUUAAUAUAUCUGCUAGUCGUGAAACGUACGGCAUCAGAAACAUUGGGGAAGGUAUCAGUACUGCAAGGGAGAGGCUUCGGAAGCUGAGAAGAUCAUCUCCUCGCGGUGAAGAGAAGGAUAUUGUUGGCCUGGACGAAGACAUAGAUAAGCUUGUGAAACAACUUGUCAAGACCGAUGACCAAUGGCAUGCGAUUUCAAUAGUCGGAAUGGGGGGCAUCGGAAAGACAACUCUGGCAAAAAAGGUUUACAAUCAUGGUGAUAUCCAGGCUUGUUUUCGUUCUCGAGCAUGGGUUUAUGUUUCCCAGGAAUUCAGUAGUAAAGACCUACUUGAGGCAAUUAUAAAGCAAGUGGGAUCACCAAGAAGGAAAUUGGAAAGUUUGGGAGAAGAAGAACUCGAAGGUAUUCUCUUUGAACACCUAAGAAAGAAGCGAUAUUUGGUAGUCUUGGAUGACGUAUGGAGUAUCGAAGCAUGGAAUUCGAUUGCAAAGGCUUUUCCUGACAGAAGUAAUGGAAGCAGAGUGAUGCUAACAACACGCAACAAGGGUAUUGCUUUGAAAGCAGAUGCUCAAAGUAUUCCCUAUCAUUUGCAUUUUCUUAGUGAAGAAGAUGGCUGGAUGUUGUUCUGCAAGAAAGCUUUCAUUCAUAACAACGACUCAUACGGUUCACCGCAGUUGGAGGAAACAGGGAAAGAGAUUGUAGCAAAAUGUGCUGGAUUACCACUUGCCAUCAUUGUGGUGGGAGGAUUGCUUUCAACGAAAAAAAAUCUGGGGGAAUGGAAAAGGGUUCUUUCCAACAUGCACUCACUCUUCGCACGAGAUGCAGAUGGAGUGUCAGCCAUACUAGCUUUGAGUUAUAAUGAUUUGCCAUAUUACCUCAAAUCUUGCUUCCUACAUCUAGGCCAAUUCCCAGAGGACCGCUUGAUUCCCUCCCACAAACUAUUUAGGCUGUGGAUUGCAGAGGGUUUGAUUCCGCAGCAAGGGGAAAGGAUGGAGGACGUUGCAGAGGAUUACUUGAAUGAGUUAAUCGAGAGAAACAUGGUUCAAGUAGCCAAGUGGAGUGUCAACGACAGAGUUAAACAAUGCCGUCUUCAUGAUCUUCUCCGAGAUCUAUCCCUCUCAAAGGCCAAAGCUGAGAGCUUUCAUGAGAUUCAAGGGUGUCAAAAUCUCCAGCCUUCAGCAAAAUCUCGUCGUCAUGCCAUCUACUCAACCUUUCAGUGGCCUCAAUGCAAGUAUUCGAAUCCCCAACUCCGGUCACUCCUAUUCUUUAGAGUUGAUCAUAACCAAAGCCAGGUUAAUUAUUAUAUAAAUGAUCCUUAUAAAAUGGAAGUCAGUGAUCUGGACUAUAUUGGCAAAAGCUUCAAAUUGCUCAGAAUCCUAGAGUUGGACGGCAUACCAUGUAGUAAGGUUUCAAGUAUAAUUGGGGUGCUAAUUCAUUUGAAGUACUUAGGGUUGAAGGAGACCAACUUGCAGGAGCUUUCGCCAUCCAUAAGUUCUUUGCGAAAUCUGCAGACACUUGAUGUUGCAGCAAAUCUUCAUCUGAAAAUUAUUCCCAAUGUAAUAUGGAAGCUAAUUAAGUUACGGCAUCUUUAUAUGUGCGGCCAUAAAUACGGAGGGCCUCUGCGAGUCGACACACUGCUGCAUCUCCAGGUUCUAUCAGAAAUAAAUGUAGAAAAAUGGAUGCAAAACAACCCUGCAAAGUUAACCAGCCUGCGAAAAUUGGGAAUCAGAGGAAACUUCAGCUUGAAAGCUACUGAAAUAUUCAAUUCCAUUUUGGCACUUGUACAACUUCAAUCCCUGUACCUGCGUGCUGAAGAUGCUGAUUUUCCACCACUCACUCAACUUUCUGCUCUUCAAAAUCUCAUCAAGUUGCAUAUCAGAGGAACGGUAAGAAAGUUACCUAGCUCACAUGAAUUCCCACCAAAUCUGACUCAGUUGACAUUAGAACAUACUCAUCUCAAGCAAGACUCGGUGAGGGUAAUUGAGAAUCUGCCGAGAUUACUGAUUUUGAGACUAAAAGCACACUCCUAUGAUGGACAAAAAAUGACAAUAUCAGUCAACGGCUUUCCCCAACUUGAGUUCUUAGAGUUUCACUCACUAGAAUGCUUGGAAGAGUUAAAUCUUGAAGAAGGUGCAGUGCUAAGGCUUAGGAGUUUUCGGAUCAUCAAUUGUGCAAACUUGAAGAUGCUUCCCGAAGGAAUGAAAUCACUUGGUGCUCUCCGUGAGUUGGAUAUUGAAGAGAUGCCAAAAGCAUUUGUGGAUAGGUUUCGAGGUGAAGAUUUUUACAAAGUUCAGCAUGUGCCUUCCAUCUUAUUUGUUUAAUGUGCAGUUUCUAGUGGCAAAUCUUUAUGGAUUCAUUUUUCAAGAAUUGUGUUUAGCAGGAAUCGCAGCAGUCACUGAUGAAACUAAUGCACUUGUGCAAGCCAAAUCAGAAAAAAUGGCGGUGAAGCAUGGUUCUUUUCUUGUUAAAAGCUGAAAUAGCUGAACCAGAUUUUAGAAUCUAGUGAUUCUGAUGUUCUUCGCUGCCUAUCCUCUGUUCCAGGUGCUUUUAUUUGUUUUUUUGAUGGUGGUUCUCGUUUCUAAGAGAUUCUCAUUUAUCCUUCGUUGUCAGAGAUGGUGUAAUGACUGGCUGGGAUUACACUGUAGAUUGGAUUAUUCAUCAUAAUGUCUACUCAAGGGGACUACUGCUCUAUAAUCAUUUGCUAAGCAGUAAAACCCUUUUCCGAAUCGAAACUUCUUUCAUUGCAUUUCAAUAUAAGAGAAUAAAGAACUUAUACAAUAGCUAAUAAAUUUGAACAAGCACUGUAUGUUCAAAUUUCAUUUACUUAAAGCUCAGUUCAAAUUUCAAAUCGACCAGUAAAUAAA